AUGGGGUUGAGAGCCAGUAAGUUGAGCAAACUUAUUGGAGCUCAAGUACUAAGGAAGCGUUUAAGAGGCUCUUCAUUGACGCCUAGAGGUUACAUCCCUAUACGUGUUGGUAUGAACAAUGAUACAAGGCGAUUUAUGGUUCGUGUAAAAAUGCUAGAGGAUGCAGAUUUCUUGGAGUUUCUCUACAGGUCAGCUGAAGAAUAUGGCUUCUGUAAUGAAGGAGUUUUGAGGAUUCCAUAUGAAGCAAAAGACUUUGAGGAGUGGAUGCUGAGAAGGUCCAAGAGAAACGUUUUUAGGGUUAAACCAAUCUAG